AUGGCACCAAACACUACAUCAGGAGAAGACGCCCAUUUCUCCUUUGCAAACAUUUCUGCCAUGCCGGUUCCCCUCCACUCCCAGUCGUCCCCGGCUUACGGCGACAGCAUCAAUUCUCAGCCUGCAAUCGACUCCGCCAGUCUAGAAAACCACCAUGAUGGUGUUCCUUUGCCCCAACCCCACCUUCCACAUACCAUGAAGCAGGCGAGCUCCCUGAGUGACCCUUGCAUUGACGGCCUCAGCCGAGCAGUCCAGGAUAUCGAUAUAACUCUGCGGAAAGACCAAAUCGGUUCCGGUUUAUCACUGGAUAGCCAAGAAAAUGGCAUUCUCAAGCGAGAAAACUCCUUUGAUGAUGACCGCACUCAUCUUUCGAAUUCAUCGACGAAAAUGACGAACUUCGACUCAAAGAGCCUAGCCUCUGUCACAACAUUUGCUAUGGAUGAGAAGGACUCGGUUCGGCCUGAUGAUAGUGCCAGUGUACAAGCUAUUGAUGAUGAGGAAUCUUUCUCGGGCCCCGCAUCUGGCGCUCCAAACUCCACUACGGGGUCUGAGGCUGGAGGGCGAGGAUUUCGAGAUCAGUUCCGCGAAGGGAGUGCAUUGCGUCCUCGUGGUAUUCUUACAGUCCCGGGGCCUCUUUUCAACGGUGGUGACUCUGUUUCAAAUAACUUCAUUGUUCCGGUCAAUUCUGGAAGCAAUUCGGAUGGCUCCAGCCUGCAUGGCCUUGCAAAAGAACCCGACGAAAAGCUUGUUGAAGCUAUGAAGUCCCCCAAGGACCGCCUUCUAAUUCUUCAACUUGAGGAGAAGAUCUGCAGUUUCAUAAAAGAUUCCGAGGAGCAAUCUUUGGAACUGCCACCCUCAAAUGCAUUUGGUCGCCUUCUUGCACAUAAACUUGGAGAUUAUUACCAUUUGACACACUUUGUGGAUAACAAUGUGACGUCCGUUCGACUUCAUCGAACCCCUUACUGCAGACUACCCACACCUCUAUCUGAGAUACAUGCCUCCAGUAACACCACCCCACCCCCAGCCGUUCCUGCUAUGAAGAUCAUGCGCCGAGCAGACUUGGAGCGCGCUUUAGGCGAAGGCAGUGUUGCGGCGAGCUCGUCUGCCCCAUCCAAGGCUACAUCCGAAACUGAUGACAGUGGCUUUGACGGCGAUCGUGCGGGUUCUGCUGGUGCGACUCCUGCUAAGGACCGGAUGGCACUCACUAGGGAGGAACGUGAAGCCAAAUACCAAGAAGUGCGCGAAAGAAUCUUCCGCGAUUUUCCAGAAAGCGCCAAGUCAGACACUGGCGACUCAAACCCCAAUAUGUCACGAUCGAGCUCUACGACAGGACGCAAAAAGAAUCAAAGGCAGCGGAAUCCGAAUGAUGACGGUUUUGAAGCCCGUUCCCAGUUCAAUGCCUACUACCCGGGAGCCCAGUACACGAAUGGCUCGAUGCCAUACAAUGGUACUAUGGGUGAUGGAUAUCCCGCCAAUCCAGUUCCUUACCUGGUUGGGCCAGGUGUACAACCACCUCCUGGUGGCUAUGUGGCUGCAGGCCAGAACAAUACGAUGCACCCCGGACAAAUGGGUAUGAACAACAUGCCUCAGUACCCGAUGGCUGGGUCUCCGCAAAUGGGCUCAAAUGGCUCGUGGCAAGCAGGGAACAUGCCGCAGCAGCAGCAGUAUUCCGGAUAUGCGUCCAUGAGCCCAUCCAACAUGAUGAACCAACAGCCUUCGAGCAAGCCGUCCCCGACAAUGAACAAUUACGCCAUGCCCCAAUCCCAACAGUACCAACAAUCUCCCAAUUGGAAUUCCGCUACCUACCCUGGCAGUGUUCAGCAAUCCCCGCUUCAGCGAAAUCAACCACCUGUCCAUUGGCCCAACUACCCCCAACAAUCCAUGACACCCAACAUGGCUGCCAAUCCUUACGCCCAGUUCCCUGGUCAGCAUUUAAAUAAUGCCAUGCAGAACCAAGCCGGUAGACCGGGGAUGCCAGGAGCAUACGAGCGGUCCCAAUCCCAUUUCAACCCGCAGACCCGAGCAUUCAUUCCGGGCGGUGCACCACUACCCCGGCAUGCAAAUGCAAGCAGGGGAGUGCAGCAGCCCAUGCCAUACGGCAAUAUCCAAACAAAUUUAUCCGCCCAGCCGCAAUGGAAUGGAUUCUCAGACCCGAUGCAAGCCCGAGGCCAAGGCCAAAGCCAAGACCACCCAUCUGUCAACGCAGUUCGCACCGCAAGCAGCAAUGGAAUUCCUGUACCAGCCGGUAUGAACGGACCUCUUGUUGUUUCCGGUGGAGCCAGCGCUCCUAAACUGAAUUAA